GACGAAAUGGGAGCGCUCUCAUGAUGAACAGCGGCAAGAAGGCGAGGAAGAAAGAGCAACAGUUUGCCGAGGGCAUGUCUCCCUCGGAUGGGGGCGACUAUCCCGUGUGCGCCAUGGAAGACGACCCGACCCUUCCGGAGGUUUUGACCGCGGUCAAGGCAGCGGAUGAGCGCAAGGCGGGGAACAUCGUCGCCAUUCGGGUGGCAACGUUGACGGUGAUGACAGAGUUCAUGGUGGUGCUGGAGGGGAACAGCAGACCACAAAACCAGGCCAUCGCGCAAAACAUCGAGGAGAAGAUGGAAGAGAUGCACCAGAGAAAAACGAAGUCGCAGGGAGCUCCGGAAAGUGGUUGGAUCCUUCUCGACUAUGGGGACAUCAUCGUGCACAUCAUGACCCCCAAAAGCCGGAGCUACUACGACCUCGAAUCGUUCUGGUCAAACGGGGAGCGGGUCCCUCUGGACGGGGUGUUGAAGCCCAACGUCCCGGAGCCGGAAAUCGCCGUCGUGGAAGAAGUGGAUCCCUUCUGGUCGUAGAGGAGGGACAUGGCCACAAGGUGGACGGACCCAUCAAGAGCGAAGAGUGUUCGGUUACAGCGACAAACCACAGCUGAGCGGGCAUGCUUGCUAGACGCGUUCCUCGUUAGAAAAAUGCACGAUGAGGUAUCUUGGAGACCGAUGCGUUCCAACACUACGCAGAGAUAGGCGAAGCAUGGUUGCGCGCUGCCAUGUACAUGCAGCGUCUGAUAACGGACGAAAACGGGCUUUGCGGUGACAGGGCAACGAUGAACGUUGACACCAUGCAAUUGCCGUGUUGUCGACACCGUCUGCCAUUGGCAUCGAUCGUUGCUAGUCCAUGGAACAGGCACGAGGGUGGGGGGCGUAGUUGAAGCUAUUUGCGAGUACCGGGGAAUGCCACGGAGCUUGAGUGUACCAGUGUUGUUAGAUGCACAAGAUGCGGUCGCCCCGGUGGUUCAGUUGGGCCGGGUAGCCUUCUAUCUCCUCUCUGGAUUGCCGCUUCGAAUUCUCUCUGGGAUCAAC